CUGUUAGACCUGUAUGGAACAGAGCCUUAAUUAGUAUCAUUGGAAACACCUAAUUCGUGCCCAUUAAGGUGGCUGCUGUGAACAAAAGAAGGGGAACAAAUCAGCAGCAAGUAAAUGAGUCGACGUCAUCACGCUGCCGCGGAGCUAACCAAUCCGGUUCGACCUCUUCAGUUUGGAGUAGCGCUUACAACCGACACAAGUAGUAAGGGCGAUGUCUCCAGAGGAUGAACCCCAGAGUCCCCCCCUUGGUUUCAGCUCCAACAGAGAGGAUGCCACUCUGAGCUGUGCUGAUCUUGCCAGCUCUCUCUCUGAGCUGGGGAGAAGGAGCAGAGCACGCAGCAGUUUCCACGCAAGAACCCCAGAGACUGACAUCAGCUGUCGUGGAGACUUCGCCGAUAGAAAAAGCCCUUUCCUGAAAAUACUGGUGGAUGCAGAAGCAGCAGCCAACUCUGCCGCCAUACAACUCGUGUCGUUCAAAGAUGCCAUGGAAGAUCAAUUUACUGACUCCAGACAGUCUGCCACCGAUAAGCGCCGGAUUGCAAGGCAGAGAGGACUUCUGCUGGAGAAGUUGGAGGAUUUUAGACGAAUAAAUAAAUCUGUUCGACAGAAACUGAAACAGCUCCAAGAUUCAGAGGCUGAUCGAAUUGAUGCUGACCGCCAAAUUGACAUUUUAUUGAAUAAGAUCACACAGGCUGAGAGUGAAAAUGAGCAUUUAAAAAGAGACUUGAGUGAGACAGAAAAAAGAGUUGAGGAGCUGAUGGAUCUGCGGAGAGAGGAGCAGGAGAACAUAAAGAGUGCAGUUCACAUGACCAAGUCGGUAGAGGCGACUCGUGCUCACCUGCAAGGACAGCUGCGCAACAAGGAAGCCGAAAACAAUCGUCUGACUGUACAGCUACGGACCUUGGAGAGAACCCUGACUGAGCAAAAGUUGGAGAUUGAUGAUCUGAAAGGCUCCAUCACCUCUUUGACUGAGAAGGCAGCACAGGACAAAGAAUCUCUAAAGAAGGCCAUGCGAGCGCAGAAACUGAGAGCUGAGAGAUUUGAAGCUGCGAUUGAGAAAUGCUAUACGCAACUGAAGGAAAAGGAUGCUCAGCUGGCCAACGCUCGCGCAGAACGAGACUCCAGGAGACGACAAAAGGAGCAGAUGACGGAUGAUACAGACGAACUUGUUGCUCAGAUAGAGUUGUUAAAAAGUCAAAUUGCAGGCUUGACUGCGAGGCUUCAGAAGGAGAAGGAUGAGCUGACAGCCGCAAAUGAAACUAUGAGGCAUCGCGUUGAAAAACUCAGCACUGAAAACGGAGACCUCGGCGUCAAUAAUGCAGCACUCAAGGCAACCGUUGCUCAUUUGGAACGGCAGCUGGCUGAUUGUGAGUCUGCCCUGGUAGAGGAGACGGUUGUGUCUCAGGAGAGGAAACAUCAAGCCGAACAGUGCCAAUAUCAGGCUGCAGAGCUUCAAGCUGAGAUAGGCGAUCUGAGGAUAAAAUAUACCAAUCUUUUACGAGAAGCAGAGAAGACACGAGAUGGAAAAGAUACAGAAGUUUUGAAGGUGAGGCAGGAGCUGCAGGGGCGCGUGGAAGAACUGAAGUCUUACCCCGAGUUACUGAGCGCAGCUGAGCAGAGUCUCUUCGAGUGCCAGGAGAACCUGCGACGCUCGGAGAGGAAGUGCUCAGAAAAGUCAGAGUCCAUUAGGCAACUGCAGGUUAAGAUGGAGAGUCAUACAAAGCUGCUGACGUCAUCUUUAGAGAUGAAAGAGUCCAUUCAGGAAGCCAAUUUACAACUACAAGACAAAGUGAACUAUCUCAACAAGCAGAUGGACCAACUGCAGCAGGAAAACCUGGAGCUGGUACGGAGGCUUGCAGCUCAGGAGGAAGCUCUCGGCUACAGUAACCGGCAGCUGGAUCAGCGUUCAUCAGAGUGCCAGGCUCUCAGCAGGCAGCUGGAGGCAGCUUUAUCAGACGUCAAACAGCAGGUCAGCAAGUUAAAAGACCAGGCUGUUUCCAGAGAAGAAACCCUUCAGACCAAAAUCCUGGAGCUGGAAGCAGAGAAGAGCAGAAGGAAUAAUGAGCUGAGACUUCUUCGCCAGAGCAAACUCACCGCAGAGAAACAGUUUGAGGUGCGUCUGAAGGACCUGCAGCUCAGCCUGGACCAAUCAGAGAGCCACAAGCAAAGCAUUCAGAACUACGUUGAUUUUCUGAAAAACUCUUAUAAGACGAUGUUUGAUGAGGGACUGCAAACAUCAACUUUUGGAUCAUCAUAUUUUCUAAAAUGAGAAAAAGGGUUUAUGUGUUUGCAUUUUAAAAUUUGUAUUUAUUGAUUUGUUUUUUUAUAUAUAUCUUAAUAUUGAAUGAUUGUGAUAUUUAUACAGUCAAAAUGAGAAUAGAAGCAUUCACUUUUAGAGGAAGUAAGAGGAUGUUUUUUAUAGAUUCAGGCUAUCUUUGGGUUUUUCUACAUUUAGCAGACAAGCUGGGACUUUUUUUUUUUUUUUUUAAUCUCUUUCAUGUUGUUGUGAGAAGUUUUGAUACCCGUUCUUAGUCCCCAGAGACGUUAUAUAAUAUUUCCACGUGUGUGCAGAUUUCAGACUGUGAACUCUUGGUGCUAUUGUAUCUUAUUCCCAUAUGACGAGGAGUCAGUUGCAUAAAUCUGGUUUAAGAUUAUUCUAAACUUUAAACUUUAAUCUCUUCCGACUUAUUUAAAGUUAUUAAAAAUAGCCACAAACCCACCUUCUUAACUUUAGACCCACCAACAAGCUGGUCUAAAGUUAAGACCAGCUUGUUGUCAUGGCAACAUGUUUUAUAAAUUGGGAGUUUGACAGACAUUUCUAACCUAUAGUUACAACAUCUUAAACAAUUUGGCAAAUCUUUUUGUUUGUUUGAGAGCCUUAAAACAGCAAAUCUGUGUAAGAAUGUCCAAUAAUUUUAAAUAUCAAUUAACUUAAGCUUAAUAAAUUUGUGUGAUUUUGUGGUUCAAGCUCCACAAAUAUAUAAAUUUAAAUAUACAGCAUUUUUCUUAUUUUCUGAUAUUUAAUUAGUUAAAAUAUUGAAUUAAAAGCGGGUUCCACCUGUAGGAAACUAAUGUGCCACUAGGUGGAACUGUUUUGUUGGCCAUCUUUGUUUCAAGUGUCUCAAUUUUACCCACAAAUCAUUGUGUGCUCCCUCACCAGUCUCACUUUACUCACUGAGUUCUGUGAAGACCAUUCAGGCUGUGGCAAGUGGAAGAAUUUGUUUAUUUUUAUGGAACUGGCUCCAUCUCAAACUUGUGUUUUUGCCAUAUUUUGAAUCUGUACACAUCUAAUUAUGUUCAGUAAUUGUUAAACCAGUACAUGUGGUGCUUGAAAACCAAAUACAGUAUGUCCCCGCCAAGUUGUGGUAGAAUAAACCACGUUUUCCACGGUGCUCCAUUCAGCCAUGCUCCUGUUAACCUGCUGACGCCGAAAACAAUCGUGUGUUGUUGUUUUUUUUUACAGUGAUCUUAAAGCAAAACGUGUGAUGUAUAUUUAAUGUGAUUAUGUUCUGAUCUUCAGCUGGACUGAGAUGAAUGAUGCUGAGAAUCAAUAGUUUCGCUGUCAGCUGUGAAGCUCAUGCCUUUAGGGUUUGCAAACGUAAUUGCUGAGAUACAUGCAGCACUCGGAUAUUUCCAAACCACUUUAACAUCUCUUGCUGGUUUGCCUGGCAUGCUUCUGUAAUGGUAAAGUUUUUACACUGAGAACACAGAUAGCUGCUGCUGAACUGAACUAUGUUUGUCUUGUACUUAUUGUGCUGCUGUUGCUUGUGCUCCCAUACUGUAUCUAUGGUAAUAAACUACCAUGAGUCAAAACCUGCGUCCAGACUCUGAUGUGUCCUCGCUGUGGUCGUAUUCCCCCUGAGUGCUCCUCUCAAGUUCUCAGAGACAAAGCUCUAUUGUGCUCUCCGUCAGGGGAUGGAACCAUUUCAUCUCUGCGUGCGUCAGUACUCCUGUUUUUCCUUUGCUCUUGUUCUGACUCUCUUGGUCUUGCCCGUUUACGUAAUUCUAUGAACACACUAUGAAUUUGUUUUUUUGCUGCUGUUUGCUGGAAAAUAGGAUUACAUCUGACUCCUGGCAGUUUGGUUGGUAUCAUGAUUCAGCACUGUGAUUGACACACCCUGAGCUUAUUAGACGCAAAUGAGUUGGAUGACCCAUGUGUUGUUUUUUGUUUUUUUGUUUUAAUGCUGGGCCAAUUAUCAAAAACAAACAGAGGCUUUACUGUUUCAUAGCUGAUGGGCGUAUAAACUCUUGGAUGGCAGAUAAUCCCUGAAUCUUUGCAUUAACACAAGUCAAACUUUAGGAUGUGAAGGAUACACAUAUAUGUUAAUUAACACUCUUCUUUGUAAUAUCAGGAGCAACAUUCCACAGUCAGGGUUGUCUCUGUGGAAAGUUUAGAUUAUUCUCUGUGUACCCUAACAUUUUUUUUUAUUUAUUCUGCAGCUUGUGCCCAGCAUCUGUCCAACAGCAGGAAAACCACUCUGAGGUUUACAUUACACCCAUUACCUAAACUAUGCAGUGACAUGUAGGUCCUCUCAGAAGUGGGUCAGCCAGAUGCAGUUGGAACAGUAUGGCUCUUUUCCCACUAAAAAAACUGUUACAACAAACCCCCCCUGAGGAUUUCCAUUUUUCAGAUUUUUGCAAGGCGCAGUCUUCAUAAUUUCUGCCCUAAUUUUUCCUAAUACAAUAAAAGAAUUGUCAAACUGUGUUGUUUUGUGUUUAUUUGUGAAAAAUAAAAACAUAGCGAGUGUAGAGAACAGGAUGUCAAACCAAUAUUAUCGUACAAUAUGUCAUGAUUAUAUCUACAUUUAGUGAAGUAUGAAAUGGUAAUCCAUAUAAA